AAUGUUAAAAUUGCCAAUUUUAAAAAUCGUAAGUGAACCGUCUAAUCGGUUGAGAAUCGGUCGGUCGAACCGAACCAGUACCGGCCGAUUUUUUGAAAUGGGAAGCAAACGGCGCCGUUUCAUUGCUUCUGAAUCAAUGAACCCUAACUCCUCCACUCCCCUCCACUCUCGAGUCCAGCCUAGCCUCCAGAAGCAGAACGCGCUAGCCUCUCACUGUCUCUCACACUCAGUCCAGAGCUCCUGGUCCUCCCUUACUUCCGUCCAGCCACCGCCUGCUACCGCCGCCUUCGGAACUUCCACCUUCGAAGAGCCACCGCCUGCUCCCGCACUUCCUCUCCAUCGCGCAGCAGCCAUCGCAACCUUCCUUCCCCUCCAUCGCUUAGCCACCGUGCGAACGUGGAAGCCUCCGUCGGGCAGCCACGGUGCCGUCGGCGCCAGCUCUGUUCCGCUGCAGCCACUGCCCGUUCGAAGGUGAACCUGUCGUGGUGUCUCCCUCUUGCCGUCUUGCGUGCUCUGUUCAAGGGGCUUCUAGCAGUUGGUAGCGCAGUAGAAUCAGGGAAGCUACAAUCAAAUCGGAGCAUGCGAUCAGCAUUAGAAAUUGUGCGUAUUAUCCACAAUGAAAGCAAAAAUGAAUAGCUGAGCACGCAUAAGCCGAGUUGAAGAUUUUCUACAAUAUGAGGCAGAGGUCUUUGUUGCGUGGUGAGAAGCUGUAAAGGAAGACCUUCCAAGACAGGAAUGAUGAGGAUGAGGGCCACCUUCCAUGCCGAUCACUGCGUCCAUUGAUUCAGAGGCUUGGAGAGGGAAACGUAAUUUUGGGAUCCAGGUCGGGUUGGAGAGCGUGGAGUUUUUUGGGUCUGGGCCAGGUUAUUUGUCCGGUCCGUGACCAAAAAGAUAAAGUUGCUAGUUCGGUUCCAUCAUCAUCAUCUUAUAGUAAUGGAGUUGGAGAUGCAUACGAUCCUUGCUCAAUUGCUGAGACUAGCAUGGAUCGCUGGUACACUUCCCAUUCUCAUCGCUUCAAUUCCAAUUUCCAGACUCAACUUCCUCCAUACAAUCUUCUUGGGUUUUGCUAGAAGGGGAAAAAUCAUGCACUCAUCUUCCCUGAAAUUCACGCUCCCUCAGAGAUUCUUCUUGCACUUCUAUAUUGUUGCAUCAAUAUGGACAACGUUCUUGCUUGUUACAACUUGGUGUUAUGCAUACACAAUGGUGCCAUCGGUUAGGGAAUCAUCUGCAUACUCUACCAUUACAAGCUACUUGAUUGGAGGCUCAGUUCUGAGAACUGGUUCAACUACAAUGCUUCAGAGGCAUGCUGUUUGGCAAGCUGUUUUUCUUCUUUUGUUAAUGGAAGCUCAAGUGUUGAGACGCCUAUUUGAAACCAUAUAUGUAUUUAAAUAUAGCCCCUCUGCCCGCAUGCACAUCCUUGGUUAUCUCACUGGAAUGUUCUUCUACCUAGCAGCACCAAUGUCGCUGUGUGCUGAUUGCGCCUUCGAUGUGUUGUACUUCCUAGUAAAUCUAGUCACCAAGUUCAUCGUCGUAGGCAAGGAUCAUAUGCCACCAGUGGAGGUAGAACUUUGGCAAGUUGUAAAUCCUCUUGUCAAACUUGGAUGGAAGCAUUGGAUUGGUGCGGCUGUUUUUUUCUGGGGUUGGAUUCACCAACAAAGAUGCCAUAAGAUUCUUGGUUCGCUUCGAGAUUCAAGACAAGCAGAGGAAUAUGCAAUUCCUCACGGUGAUUGGUUUGAAAUUGUUUCAUCUCCACAUUAUCUCUCUGAAAUAGUUAUAUACGGCAGUUUUGUUGUUGCCACUGGAGGAUCCGAUCUAACCAUAUGGCUACUACUUGUUUUUGUGCUGGCAAAUCUGUCAUUUGCAGCAGUGGAAACACAUAGAUGGUAUCACCAGAAAUUUGAAGAUUAUCCAAGAAGUCGGUUUGCUGUUAUACCAUAUAUUCUCUGAGAUAAUGAGACAAAUAGACAAUGCUUUUCAUAUUAGAUUAAAGAAAAGCACUACGUUAAUUCUCAUAGAUGUGCCUGUUCGUAUGAACUUAUUUAGUUUAUAGAAAAAAGGCUUGUAUUUAAUAUACUGAGAUUUCUACACACGAAAUUCAUUUACAAAUUUUUUUC